UCUUCGCUCUGAUUAGGGGAAAUCCCAAACCCUACACUUAACGAUUGUUUAGAAAAUUAAGUUCGUGGUGGCGCGUGUGGUUCACGAGUGAGGAGACGAUUGAUGGUAAAUCACGGCGGAUGGCAUCGGCGGUGUUAGCCAAUAGGAGCGAAGGCAAUUGGCCGAUGCAACCGAAAAGUAGUGGUCCUAAAUUCAUGGGCAAAGUCCCAAACCCUAACCCUAAAAAGAGACAAUUUCACCAAGCCCCAGAAAUCAACGGCUGUCAGAUUGAUGAGUCACCGGCCGUCACUCAAUCCGCCGCCUCAGACGACGCAUCUUCUAUCAACAGAAGACCCAACAACAAUGAUCAUCUCCUCUUGGGCAAUUACGUCACCUUCAAUAUUGCGUCGUAUUCGAAGAAGGAGCUGAUUGAACUCAAGAAUCGCUUGAUUGUGGAGCUUGAACAGAUUCGUCAGUUAAAGAAUCGAAUCGAGACGUCGUCGUUCAGAUCCAGCUCAAAGAAAUCGUCUGCGGCCAUAAAUAACAAGAUUUCCGGGAACAAACGUCCGUUCCCGUCAAAUUUGAGUCAAGAUUCGAAGAAAUCGAAUCAAGAUAAUGGGAAGCUGUUGAAGAGCUGUGCGCAAAUCUUGAACAAGUUGAUGAAGCACAAGCAUGGGUAUAUUUUUAAUUCUCCUGUUGAUGUUGUUGGUAUGGGUUUACAUGAUUAUUAUGAUAUUAUAAAGAUUCCCAUGGAUCUCGGCACUGUGAAGUCAAAAUUGGCCAAGAGUUUGUACGAUUCACCGGUGGAAUUUGCAGCUGAUGUUCGGUUGACCUUUACCAACGCCAUGACAUAUAAUCCCAAAGGCCAUGAUGUGUAUAUUAUUGCGGACCAGCUUCUUGCCAGAUUUGAAGAGCUGUUCCGUUCUGUAAAUGAUAAAUUGGUUCAAGAUGAGAUCCAAGAGCGGGUUUAUGAUGAGGAAUUGCCGGCGAAUUCUUGGAAUUUACAUGAAUUUAAGGAUAGAGAGAGUUCUAAGCAGCAAUUUGUGGCUAAAUCUGAGCCAAUGCGAGUUCCGCCAGCUGGGUCAAACCCUAACCCUCACCCUAAGCCAAACCCUCCGGCGGCUGCACAAUUGCCUGUGAGAACACCCUCACCGCCUGUGAGGGCCACACCAGCUGUAAAGCCGCUGAAGCAGCCUAAACCGAAGGCCAAAGAUCCCAACAAGAGAGAGAUGAGUAUGGAGGAGAAGCACAAGUUGGGGUUAGGGUUGCAGAGUUUGCCACAAGAGAAGAUGGAACAUGUAAUUCAUAUAUUGAAGAAGAGGAAUGGGAAUCUGAGGCAGGAUGAGGAUGAGAUUGAGCUCGAUAUCGAGGCUCUGGAUACCGAAACCCUUUGGGAGCUUGAUCGGUUUGUGACAAACUACAAGAAGAUGGUUAGCAAGAUUAAAAGGCAAGCUUUAAUGAGCAACAACAAUGUGGCUGCAACUGAGGCAAAUAGGGAAACGCCAAUGGUUGAGAAAACUGAGGCGCCCAUGGAGUCAAAGAAGGCGAAGAAAGGGGAAGCUGGAGAGGAAGAUGUGGACAUUGGUGAUGAGAUGCCGAUGAGCAGUUUCCCUCCUGUGGAGAUUGAGAAGGAUAAUGGGCAUAACAAUAAUGCCAGUAGCAGUUCUAGCAGCUCUAGUAGUUCGAGCAGUGAUUCAUCUUCGUCAAGUGAUUCAGAUUCUGGGAGUUCUUCGGGAAGUGAUUCAGAUGCUGAUGAUGCACGGUCAUAGUAAGACCUUUAAUUAAGGUUUGCGGAAAAUUUUUGGAGGCUUUCCUGGAGAGAAGGCCUUAGUAUGGUGGUUAUGGAUGAAUGAAGGGUGGUGAAUUGAGUUGUGUUGUUGGUGCUUUUGUGGGAGGAUUUUGAUUGGAAAUGGGAAUUUGCAAGUUUAGCUUGGCUGGAUUGUAAAGAGGGGAAGUAGAAACCAUAAAAACAUGGGAGAAAAAUGUUUAGGUUAGGGAAGUAGAGAAAUUGUAGCAAGGAGUUAGAGAUUGGGUAGAAGAAGACUUGUUAGAGAGAGAGAGAGAGAGAUUUAGAGGGUUGAAAUACUACUUUGUACACAUUAUAACACUAAUACAAGAUGAUUUUUAGCCA